CAAAAAGAAUCGGGGCAUAAACCUCGUGCCGAAAUAGAAGAGAAAGGAUAAUGAGUAGAAAACAAAACCCCACUUGACACUUGCGAUUCCUGCUUUCCAUCUUCCAAUCCAAACGUCAGUCGGUGCCCUGAGGGUGCGGUUGGCUGUCUGGCUGGCUCUACAUUUUCCCCUCAUCCACCUUUGCCCCACCACCACGCCCCAAGAAGAAGCUUUCCUUACCUUGUUAUUCCUCGUCCUCUCUCUUCCCUGUUUCCUCUGCCUCCUCCAUUCCACUCCCAUCCAUUUCUCUCUCUCCCUCCUUCCACACGAAGCAACAAAAAGAAGAAAGACCAACCCACCACCAGAGAAAAAAGAAUCCAACAGAAAUCGGCCACUAAACCAACCAUUUCUUUUCUUUUCUGUCAGUAAUUGUUAUUCCAGGUUUUUGUCCGUCAACUGUAAUAUGGAAAGCGAGACUGGUCAUUCUCUGUUGCCCGACGACCAAGUCAAGCCGAACCCACCUGCUGCUGCUGCUGCUGCUGUUCCACCUCCGGAUUCCGCGGCUGAGAAGAAGAAGGUUACGGUGAAGGAGGAACCGGCGGCCGUGGAGGAGGAGACCAACGACGGCGGUGUGGCUGUGGGAUCUUGCACUGACGGCUACUCCAGGGCUGCUACAGCUGUGGCGAAAUCCGGAGCAGAUGCUUCUGUCCCCGGGCCAGAACAGCUCACCAUAUUCUAUGGUGGAAAUGUGCUUGUGUUUGAUGGAAUUCCGGCAGAAAAGGCUCGUGAAAUAAUGGCUAUCGCUGCUGCUGCGGCACAAGCUGUGAAGUCUGCUGAUAUCAAGAAGAUCGAAUCAGGACCUGCACCAGCUGCUGCUGUUCCUGCUGUUGUUGCUGCUGCACCAGUCCUCUCUAGGUCUCCUUCAAUGCAAAGUACCUCUAGUGCAUUGGCCUCUCCGCAGUACGCUGCUCAUAAAAAUUCUCUCUGCAAAAUGCAAGCUGAUCUGCCAAUUGCAAGGAGGCACUCUCUCCAGCGCUUCUUUGAGAAGAGAAGGGACAGGAUGAUGAGCAAGAGUCCCUACUCUAUUCCUUCAUCUCCAUCAGCAGCUGAGAACAUGAAGCAUGAUUCCAACAACUUGCUUACAGCCGAGCAUCUUCAGCAAACGCUGGCUGCUGCAGCUCCGAACAAUGCUUGAUUGACUUGCAAGUUGUUCGAGGAGAAGAAUCAUUAUCCUAUUAUACUAUCAUCAGCCGAAAUAUAUAUAUCGUUAACUUUGUGUUAUCUUAUGACAUUAGUACAAAAUCGCUUGUAUGUGAACCACCAAUUUGACAAAUCAGACAAACGAACAAGACGCUGUUUGUUGACUGUGAACCUCUCUAUGUCUAAUUUAGUUCUGAGUUGUGUUGUAAGGUGUAUCCCUGUAAAAUGUGUUGUUGCCUUAAAGCAUGCACUUUAUAUAAUCACAUGUUCAUGUAUGUCCGGCUCUCAAAGAACUGAGGGCAGCUUACAGCUUCGUCUUACUUCCAACUUACAAGAGAGUUUAGGCCGCUUUCCAUUUGAACAAAGACGAAGGUAUUCCCGCAUGCUGCUCUGUUGCCUUGCUAGCGCAACAAAUUAGCCGAC